GAGCCCUCUACAGGGACGUCAUGCAGGAGAACUACGAGACGGUGACCUCACUGGGAUUCCCAAUUCCCAAACCUGAGCUGAUCGCCCAGCUGGAACGAGGGGAAGAGCCAUGGGUGCCCGAUCUCCAGGCCGGUGAGGAAAGAGAGGUUCUGAGAUGCACCUGCACAGCAGGUGCUGAGAGAGUCGGUGAGAACGUGGAGGGGAAUCAUCAUGAGGAAGUUCCCGGGGAAGUGGAACUGCAGGGGACCUUUGUGGGAAGAGCUGAAGGGAAUUUUUCCCAGUGCUGGGAACAGGGAGAAGCUUGUGGAAAUUGGCACACGUCAGAGAGGCUGAUGGGAAACCACCCAGGGAAGGAAGUGAAUGAAUCUAUUAACUGUGGGGCAGGAGACAAGGAUCCCACAGCCCUGCGGACAAAUCCCAAGGAAGAGAAACCCUACCACUACCUGCAGUGUGAGAAAGGAUUCAUUGUGAGACCACAGCUUGUUACACAUCAGACAAUCCAUGCUGGAGAGAAACCUCUUCAAUGCUUGGUCCCUGGGAAAAUCUUCAAUAUCUGCUCAGACUUUAAUAACCAUGGGAAAAGCCACAUAGAAGAGAAAUCCUAUCAAUGCCUCGAGGGCAGGAACUGUUUGAAUUCAGCACUAAUUACACAUCAGGUAAACCACACAGGAGAGAGAGCCCACAAGUGCUUAGACUGUGGGGAAAGUUACACACAGCAAUCAGACCUUGUUAAACAUCAGGCAAUCCACAUAGGAGACAGACCCCACAAGUGUUUGGAUUGUGGGAAAAGUUUCAAAAACACAUCAGACCUUGUUAAACAUCAGUCAUUACACACAGGAGAGAGACCUCAUAAAUGCUUAGACUGUGGGAAAAGUUACAUAUGGAGGUCGGAGCUUGUUAGACAUCAGGCAAUCCACACAGGAAAGAGACCUCAUAAGUGCUUAGACUGUGGAAAGAGUUUCACACAGCGAUCAUAUCUUGUAACACAUCAGAGGAUCCACACAGGAGAGAGACCCCAUAAGUGCUUGGAUUGUGGGAAAAGUUUCAUAUGGAGGUCAGAACUCGCUAAACAUCAGAGAAUCCACACAGGAGAGAAACCCCAUAGGUGCUUAGACUGUGGGAAAUGUUACACACGGCGGUCAAGCCUUGUUUCACAUCAGGCAAUCCACACUGGAGAAAGACCGCAUAAGUGCUUAGACUGUGGAAAAAGCUUCAUACGGAGGUCAGCCCUUGUUAGACAUCAGGCAAUCCACACAGGAGAGAAAUCCCAUGAAAGUGUGGACUAUGGGAAAGGUUUCAUACAGAGGUCAAACCUUGUUAAACAUCAGGCAAUCCACAUAGGAGAAAGACCCCACAAGUGCUUGGACUGUGGGAAAAGUUUCAGAGACACAUCAGCCCUUGUUAAACAUCAGUCAUUACACACAGGAGAGAGACCUCAUAAAUGCUUAGACUGUGGAAAAAGUUACAUACGGAGGUCAGAGCUUGUUAGACAUCAGAGAAUCCACACAGGAGAGAGACCCUAUAAGUGCUUGCACUGUGGAAAGGGUUUCACACAGCGAUCAUAUCUUGUAACACACCAGAGGAUCCACACAGGAGAGAGACCCUAUAAGUGCUUGGACUGUGGGAAAAGUUUCAUAUGGAAGUCAGACCUUGUUAAACAUCGGGCAGUCCACACAGGAGAGAGACCCCAUAUGUGCUUAGACUGUGGGAAAAGUUACACACGGCGGUCAGACCUUGUUAGGCAUCAGGCAUUCCACACAGGAGAGAGACCUCAUAAGUGCUUAGACUGUGGAAAAAGCUUCAUACGGAGGUCAAUCCUUGUUAAACAUCAGGCAAACCACACAGGAGAGAAAUCCCAUAAGUGCUUAGACUGCGGGAAAAGUUUCAUAUCGAGGUCAGACCACCUUAAACAUCAGAGAAUGCACACAGGAGAGAGACCUCACAAGUGUGUGGACUGUGAAAAAAGUUUCAUACGGAGGUCAGCCCUUGUUAAACAUCGGAAAAUCCACACAAGAGAGAGACCCUAUAAGUGUUUGGACUGUGGGGAAAGUUUCGAAAUCCCAUCAUCCCUUGUUUUACAUCACAGAUUCCACACAGGAAAGAGAUCCCACAAGUGUUUAGUCUGUGGAAAAGGUUUCAUAUGUAGGUCACACCUUGUUAGACAUCAGAGAAUCCAUACAGGAGAGAGACUGUGGGGAAAUUUCACGCAGAGAUCACACCUCAUUAAACAUGAGAGAAUCCACACAGGAUCUUAACUUCUCUGACACAGAGACAGAAAGUGUUAAGGAAAUUGCAUGUAAUUGACCUAGAUUCAACCUUUGGAGACAUGUUAGAAAAAUGUGUCCUCCUGAGAUAAACUAGAGCUUCGAGAGGUAACCGUGUAUUGUUAAAGACAUGGGAGAAGAUGGUAACUGUAGUAGUCUCUGUUUAGUUGUAUUUUGUUAGAGGUUAACAAUGGAAAUAAACGGUUCCUGUCUAGGGCUCUAUUCUGUGAAUUCAGAGAUCAAAAGGGAAUAUUAACAUUUAGAUAAAACUUGGUUGUAAGAAUGUCAUUGUUUGUCUCCUGAAAGUUUGUGGUAAACCGUCUAUGAACUGCUUUAUGAAGAACCACCUCAUGUUAAUCCAUGUAAUUAAUUACCAGUGAUGUUUAGGAAAUAGAAGGUUACUUUAAAAGCCUGUUGUUCAGCCAAUGACUGUGUGCUGUCGAGACGCUGCAAAAAUGAUCCUUUCUUCUCUGAUCUGCCGAAGCGUUAUUCAGGGUGGGAGUGGGGGAGCGUGAGUCGGAAGACAGAGAUCUCCAGUCCCAUCUGGGACGCCCUGACAUUGAAAUUGGACAUUGGACUAGAACUUGAUGAAAUGAUUCUGUAAAGGACUCUUUGCAAUUCUAAAGCAUCAUCUCUACAGUGAAACUGACCUAAGAACUCUCUGCAUCGCUGUAUGGAUAAUGAUCGUUUAAGCAGCACACUCUCU